AUGAGACAGUGGUUCUUGGUGGCAGUCGUCGCCUCGGCGAUUGCUCUUAUCGAAGGCACCGAGGAGAUAGAAUGUCCGAAGAAUGCUACCAGGGAUGAGGUAACCAUUCCUCACGAAACGGAUUGCCAGAAGUAUUACCUGUGCGUGGGACAAGAAAAAGUGAAUAUGACAUGCGACCAAUACAAGUGCUUCAAUCCUGAACUGAGGGCCUGCGACUGGCCCUGGAUGGUACCUUGCUGUAGCACGUACGUGAUGACAUCACGUCCAUUCACCUGCAGGGAUAAGGAACCUCAUGACAAAGACUGCCAAAAAUAUUUACAGAAUGGUAUUCUUAAAUGCUGCCCCGAAUAUCAGUUUUAUAGUAUAGACACUUGCACGUGUGAACCUGUAAGUGAAGUACCACCAGGCAGGUGUUUCCCGCCUCCGAAAGGAGAACCACCUUGCUGGACGUGGACAACAGACAGACCAGACACAACCACUGCUAACCCGUGCACUAACAGGAGGGUUUACGAUAAAGACUGCCAAAAAUAUUUGGAGAAUGGCAUUCGUAAAUGCUGCCCCGACUUACAAUUUUAUGAUACAGCCACUUGCACGUGUAGACCUCAGAUAGAGGCGCCACGAGGCAGAUGUAGACCGUUGCAUUAUGGAGAAGAAGCCUGCUGGACGUGGACAACAGACAAACCAGACACAACCACUGCUAACCCGUGCACUAACAGGAAGGUUUACGAUAAUGACUGCCAAAAAUAUUUGGAGAAUGACGAACGUCAAUGCUGCCCCGACUUACAAUUUUAUGAUACAGUCACUUGCACGUGUAGACCUCAGAUAGAGGCGCCACGAGGCAGAUGUAAACCGUUGCAUUAUGGAGAAGAAGCCUGCUGGACGUGGACAACAGACAAACCAGACACAACCACUGCUAACCCGUGCACUAACAGGAAGGUUUACGAUAAAGACUGCCAAAAAUAUUUGGAGAAUGGCGAACUUAUAUGCUGUCCUGACAAACAUUUUUAUGAUACAGCCACUUGCACGUGUAAACCUGAGAGCGAGGUACCACCAGGCAGAUGUACACUGUUGCCAUCGGAUGAAGAAUCCUGCUGGAAGUGGACAACAGAGGAACCAACGUCACCAAGUCCUGCUGGCCCGUGCGCUGGUAGGAAGGUUUAUGGUAAAGACUGCCAAAAAUAUUGGGAGAAUGGCGAAAGGAAAUGCUGCCCCCAAAGGCAAUUUUAUAGUACAGACAGUUGCACGUGUAGACCCGAGUGUGAGGCUCCAACGAGCAGGUGUAACACGUUGCCCAACGGAGAAAUCCCGUGUUGGAUGAAAGAAGAAACAGUGACGGAGCUGUCUGUUAGUACAGGCCCGGCCAGUACUGCAACACCGGUGCCUACGCUAUCGACACUACCGGAUUCAAGUUGUGCAAUGGAGGAGUCUUCGGAACUUCCGGAAACAACCGUCAGCACCGAAUAA